AUGAGCUCAGAGUACUCCUACGACGAAGAGGGGCAAUUCUUCCCCUUCUUCAUCCUCACUUUAACAUCCCUCGUUACCGUCCCUCUUACGUGGAGCCUUCUUUCUCCGUCGAAAGAUGCUGGUGCCGCAGCACAUCGCGGAAAGGCUUCGGGCGCCUACGAAGCCAAGCAUGGGAACGCCGAAGUGCAGAGUCAGCGCACGGCGCAAAGACGCAGGCUGCGCAAAGUAAAACGAGCCAUAUUCGUCCUCGCCGGAUGGGCGGUGAUUGGCCUGAUGGUGUAUCUCAUCAUUAUCACAAAGAGGGUGACGCCCAAGCUCUGGAACCCAUACGACAUUCUUGGCAUUCCCGACUCUUCCUCAGAAAAAGAAAUCAAGUCCAAGUACCGAAAACUUUCCCUCAAAUUCCAUCCCGACAAGCUCAAGCCGGAUGUGUCCAAAAACGAGACCAUCGAGAUCCUAAACGCGAGAUAUGUCGAAAUCACCAAGGCCUACCAAGCUCUCACCGAUGAGGAAGUGCGCAACAACUACAUCCAGUAUGGUCACCCCGACGGCAAGCAGAGCUUCAGCAUCGGCAUCGCUCUACCGAAGUUCAUCGUAACCGACGGCAACGGCAAAUACGUUGUCCUCCUCUAUGCCCUUCUCCUCGGUGUCCUUUUGCCAUAUCUUGUUGGUAGCUGGUGGUACGGCACUCAAAGGGUGUCGAAAGAAGGCGUCCUUAUGGAGAGCGCCAAUAACCUCUUCCGGGAGUAUAAGGACGACCUGGAUGAGAGCGGUAUCGUCUCUGCCUUGAGCACGGCUAAGGAAUACAAAGAUCUUCUCCGCGCGGAUAAGGCCGACAAAGAUCUCGCCUCCCUCGAAUCCAAGAUUUCCAACGUCAUCCCAGCCAAGGAGAAGGCGAAGUUGGAAGAGCUCGACGACUCCGUCAGAAGGAAGGCGCUUGCUCUUCUUUGGGCGUAUUUGGGCCGAAUCGAUCUCGGCAGCGACGCUCUAAACCGCGCUAAGAUCCAGGUUGGCCCGAUUGCCCAGAGUCUCAUUCGAUCAUUUACCACCAUCUCUCUCGCUUAUGGCAAUACUGCCCCUAUCGUGGGGUCAUACCUCGCCAACCAACAUAUUAUCCAGGCCAUGAUCCCCAAGUCCUCUCCUCUCUUCCAACUCCCUUUCUUCACGCCCGAAGUUGUCAAGGCCGUUGAUGGCGAUAGCAAGGUGCACUCCACUGUCCAGCAGUUCAUGGACCUGCCUGAUAACCAGCGCCGGCAACUCGUCGUCGGAAAGGGUCUCCUGACGGAACAACAGUACACUACGGCGAUGGAUGUCGCGCGAGAGAUGCCCUAUCUCCGAGUGGCGAAGGCGUUCUUUAAGGUACCUGGCGAGCGGUUUAUUACGCCUUCUUCGCUUGUUAGCUUGGUAGUGAAGGGCCGCAUAAUCCCCCCUGGUAGCGAGAAGAUUCCUCAGGUCAACCCGUUAGAUCUCGAGGACGUAGACCCGGCAGAAGACGAUCUCGAGGCUAUCACCGGCCGCAAGAAGAAGGUCAAGGGAGCCGACGGCAAAUGGAGGGUGGUCGAGGAUAAGAAGAUCAACCCCAACCUUGCGACUGCGCCCUACUUUGCGCGGGACUAUUCUCCCAAGUGGUACGUCUUCUUGACGGAUGCCAAAUCAGGCAGAAUUGCCGUACCGCCUUUCCUGUUUUCUCAGUUCGACGAACCCAUCUUCGAUGAUGCGGGCAAGCCUACCUUUAAUAUGCAGACGCUCAAGGCGCAGUUCGCGGCGCCUCCUCAGCCGGGACACUACACCUUUGCCAUGCACCUUAUCUGCGAUAGCUACGUCGGUCUUGAUACGAAGAUAGAGGUCACGCUUGUUGUCGAGGAUGCAAGCAAGGCGGCGGAGAUGGUAGCAGAGGAUGAGAUCAGCGAGCCGGAAGAAGAUUCCAUUGCUGGCCAGAUGAACGCCCUCAGGGGGCAACCUGUAUCGAGCGGCAAGAAGAAGGCGGAGUCUGAGUCCGACGAUGAGAGCGGCACGGACGACGAGGAGGACGACGAUACCAGCGAUACCAACACUGACACCGAGGACGAGUCGUAA